AUGUUGACGAAUGCUCAACCAACGCGCAUUCUUGUCACUCAAGACGGCCUCUUGUACAAACCACCCAGUUGGCCAACUACACUGUGUUCAUAAUGUUGACAGAAUGCUCAACCAACGCGCAUUCUUGUCCACUUCAAACCGCGUCUUGUACAAACACAGUUGGCCACUACACUUGCCUCAUGGCUAAUAGUUGGUUUGUAGGAGAUAGGCAAGAAAUUGUAAACGGAUGCAGAUAUUGUACAGAUGUUGACGAAUGCUCAACCAACGCGCAUUCUUGUCACUCAAACGCCUCUUGUACAAACACAGUUGGCAACUACACUUGUUCAUGUAAUGAUGGUUUUAUAGGGGAUGGCAGAUAUUGUACAGAUGUUGACGAAUGCUCAACCAACGCGCAUUCUUGUCACUCAAACGCGUCUUGUACAAACACAGUUGGCAACUACACUUGUUCAUGUAAUAGUGGUUUUGUAGGAGAUGGCAGAAAUUGUAACGAUAUUGACGAAUGCUCAACCGAUGCGCAUUCUUGUCACUCAAACGCGUCUUGUACAAACACAGUUGGCAACUACACUUGUUCAUGUAAUGAUGGUUUUGUAGGGGAUGGCAGAUAUUGUACAGAUGUUGACGAAUGCUCAACCAACGCGCAUUCUUGUCACUCAAACGCGUCUUGUACAAACACAGUUGGCAACUACACUUGUUCAUGUAAUAGUGGUUUUGUAGGAGAUGGCAGAAAUUGUAACGAUAUUGACGAAUGCUCAACCGAUGCGCAUUCUUGUCACUCAAACGCGUCUUGUACAAACACAGUUGGCAACUACACUUGUUCAUGUAAUGAUGGUUUUGUAGGGGAUGGCAGAUAUUGUACAGAUGUUGACGAAUGCUCAACCAACGCGCAUUCUUGUCACUCAAACGCCUCUUGUACAAACACAGUUGGCAACUACACUUGUUCAUGUAAUGAUGGUUUUGUAGGGGAUGGCAGAUAUUGUACAGAUGUUGACGAAUGCUCAACCAAUGCUCAUACUUGUCACUCUAACGCGUCUUGUACAAACACAGUUGGCAACUACACUUGUUCAUGUAAUAGUGGUUUUGUAGGAGAUGGCAGAAAUUGUAACGAUGUUGAGGAAUGCUUACUCAAUGCUCACACUUGUCACUCAAACGCCUCUUGUACAAACACAGUUGGCAACUACACUUGUUCAUGUAAUAGUGGUUUUGUAGGAGAUGGGAGAAAUUGUACAGAUGUUGACGAAUGCUCAACCAAUGCUCAUACUUGUCACUCUAACGCGUCUUGCACAAACACAGUUGGCAACUACACUUGUUCAUGUAAUAGUGGUUUUGUUGGAGAUGGGAGAAAUUGUACAGAUGUUGACGAAUGCUCAACCAAUGCUCAUACUUGUCACUCUAACGCGUCUUGUACAAACACAGUUGGCAACUACACUUGUUCAUGUAAAAGUGGUUUUGUAGGAGAUGGCAGAAAUUGUAACGAUGUUGACGAAUGCUCAACCAACGCUCAUACUUGUCACUCAAACGCGUCUUGUACAAACACAGUUGGCAACUACACUUGUUCAUGUAAUAGUGGUUUUGUAGGAGAUGGCAGAAAUUGUACAGAUGUUGACGAAUGCUCAACCAAUGCUCAUACUUGUCACUCUAACGCGUCUUGUACAAACACAGUUGGCAACUACACUUGUUCAUGUAAAAGUGGUUUUGUAGGAGAUGGCAGAAAUUGUAACGAUGUUGAGGAAUGCUUACUCAAUGCUCAUACUUGUCACUCAAACGCCUCUUGUACAAACACAGUUGGCAACUACACUUGUUCAUGUAAUAGUGGUUUUGUAGGAGAUGGCAGAAAUUGUAACGAUGUUGAGGAAUGCUUACUCAAUGCUCACACUUGUCACUCAAACGCCUCUUGUACAAACACAGUUGGCAACUACACUUGUUCAUGUAAUAGUGGUUUUGUAGGAGAUGGCAGAAAUUGUACAGAUGUUGACGAAUGCUCAACCAAUGCUCAUACUUGUCACUCUAACGCGUCUUGUACAAACACAGUUGGCAACUACACUUGUUCAUGUAAAAGUGGUUUUGUAGGAGAUGGCAGAAAUUGUAACG